AUGGCCCAACCGCAGGAAGCCGUUAACGUCCCAAGACCCCGCAAGAGCGUGACGUUCGGCUUGAUUGUCCUGGCCAUUUUCAUGCCGUGGCUUGCUCUCUACCUUGAUGGAGCCUCGUGGCCUACAAUCGGAUGCAACUUCGCAGCGUGGGCUUUGUUAUUUAUACCUGGCAUGGUCGGCGUGACUGUUCACGCCAUCAUCUGUCUCUGCCGUACGGAUGAGCAUCGCAAGUUCUCCAAGCCUGCGCGCCGCCGCCUCCGCUACGACAACAAUUACAGCGCCGUUCCGGUACCUGUAGAGAGCAAGAUCGAGGAGUCAGAGCUGGAGCCGGCGCCAGUCGAAGCACUGCCAACGGAGCCAGCUGUGCAGCCGACGGCUGCAUCUUCAUCAACGUCCGUGUCAUCGUCUGAUGUCGAGAAAGAAAACCCACCUGCCACUGAACCACUACCAAGGAGUGCCACUGAACCUUUACCAAGGACUGCUACUGUCAAGAAAGACGACCCGUUCAAGGACCCCAACGUUUAA